AAGGUGGUCCUUGAAAUUUGCUUAAUGUGAGACUUAAACGACGUGUCCUGAUCAAAGAUAACUCCAAGAUUCCUCACAGUGGUGCUGGAGGCCAGGGCGAUGCCAGGUAAGCUAGUCCAAACAAAUACAUAUAAUCAUAUGCCAAUGUAGCCACAUGAGGCUACACCUUCAAGUGGACAAGACAAUAGAGACAUUGUAUUAUCAAGGUGAGAGCGGAUCAGUUAAAAAUCAAAGACAUCAGUUGGUAGUAAAUUGGGGGCUAAGCCACAGGGGUGAGGGGUGAGAAAGGUUGAGAUCUUCUAGCUGGAUAAGUGCGUCUCUCAGAAUACUCUCAGAAUACAGAUUGACAUAGAUCAUUGCAAGUGCCAAGUGAAGCUUAUUUAAGCCUCUGCCUUAUUGUUUGUUUUUCAUGUUGUAAAUUGAUCCAAAUUGUCUACUUCCUAUUUCAUAGGACAUAGAAAAAAGAAAAUAUAAAUUCCAAGUUUAAAUUUAAUCAAUUCAAUCUAUUGUGUAUUGAAUGCAUGUAGAUGGAAACUUGGACUUCCUCUUUAAACAGGAAGUAGGAGCUUCAGCAGGAGCACUCAGCACAUGAGGUCUAACAGGAGAUCUUCAUUACCUGGUUGGAAGGAUGAGUGAGCGACUGUGCGGGCUGUGUUACAAAAACGUCAGUUACUUAAGGCAACACCUUAAAAUCUACCACACCAUUCCAAACAAAGAAGAGUUCCAGCUUCUGAUGCAAUAUGGAAAUUCACGAACUAGUAAAUCCUUGGAAUGCACAAUAUGUGGGAAGAGAAAUCUCGUCCGCCUUGAUAAACACUUACAAACAGCACACAAAAUUGGUUCAGCAGAGGAGCGAGAACCGAUCAUGAAGCAGGCCAAGAGAGCAGUCAUAGUUAAAGAGCUGGCAGAACUGCGUGAGUCCAACCCUGAUGUGCCCAUUGUAUCCAGCUUGGACUUGGGUGUUACCACUGAACAUGAGAAGUUUGUUCUGCCCAUUGGAGAGAUCAUUGAGGAGGCUGUUUCUGAGGAACUGUCGGAGGAGCCAGAGGGAUCAGAGUUCAGGGAGGAGGAGGAGGCCUUGAGUAUCAGUUCAACACCCACAAACCAUCCUGUGACUGGAAUACAUUGUGCCUUCCAAUGCCCCUCCCCCACACCUCAAGGACAGGAUCGCGUUCAUACCUUGUCCUCCUCCAAUCACCCACAUCAACAAAUUGGUCAACAGUUUUCUUCCACCCCUGUUUCUGGGGCCAAAAACUCUUCUACCAGUCACCAAAUUCCUUCCACCGCCCUAUGUGCAUCCAUGUCUCCGCCUUCACGUGAGACUGUGACUUCUUUUAACCUACCGGAGAACUUGAGUGGCCAUAUUCAUCACUCGACUGGUUCAAUGUCAAGGGACUGCACGUCCAACUGGGAGAAGUUGGAUUCCAGGUUGCAGCAGUUGGAAAAAAAGGUGGAGUGUUUGAUGGAAAUUCAGCAAGAGAAACCCACUCCAUUUAAAGCACCUCUAUCUGUUCAAAACAGUGAGCAUGUCGGCAAGGGAAAGAAGGAUUCUUGUUUCUAUGAAAAGGUUGUUGAAGACUUCUUCAAGUUUCGCCUGGGGCCACGGACUGGACAGAAGGACAGGAGCAAUGCAAGGAGGUCCUCAGGCCAUGCUCUUCACUUUUGCCUCUACAUGGCUGCUGGUCUACCCUCCAAGAUUGUCUCCAGUGACCUAAGAUUCCUGAACCAAAUGGACAAGUUGUGUGGUUGGCCAACAUACCUGGUCCAGAAGGGCUACGAACCUGCAACAAUGAAAAACAUGUUGACCAACGUGACAAUGUUUUUCAAGCACAUUGAAAAGUCCUUCCUGAGUAAAGGCAAGCUCAAACAGAAUGAAUUAAAAACAAUUCUGCACGAGUUGACGAGGAUCCAGGCUGAGAUUCAAAGACUACGGGUUCAUUCUCGGCAAAAGCGGUUGUGUCGUAAAACAGAUGAUCAGCUUCAUGCAGUUCAGCAAAGUGCUUUCAUGACAGCUGCGAGGGAAAACAUUCCUAAAUUGUUUGAACAACUGGAGAGCAGUGGAAAUCAGAAGAAUGAGCAUUCUAAGCUAAUGGGUUACAUCAUGGGCUACCUGUGCAUCCUCACCGGACACAGAUCGGUUGUCCUCACCAACAUGAAGAAGGAAAAUGUGGUCAACUUUGUCUGUUGGAAUCAUGGCAAGAGAUUCCAAGUUCUGAUUGACGACCAGAAAACCAUGCAGUCAUUUGGUCAGGCUGCAUUCAACCUAAAUGAGGAGGAAUUUAGGUGGCUGGAAAACCUUGUCAACUCCAAGUGCUGUCCCCAGGGUCAGACCAGUGAUUAUGUUUUCCACACAACAUUUGGAAAAAAGAUCGCUAAGGCCGAGAACUUCCUUCAUCUGGCUUGGGCAGACUGUGGAAUGAAGGGCACAUUCAUCUUUCCCAAGAUCGAGAGCAGUCUUUCUACUCAAAACAGCCUUCCUCCUGCUCCUCCUCUCACGUCCAGGAGGGAGUUGGAUUUCUUAAGUGAAGAAUCUGCAGUCUCAAAAAUACAUGUCUACACACCUUCAAAGUGUUUUUGUGUAAUUGAGAAGUUGCAGCCAGUAGUUGCUGACUAUUAUCUCAUCAAAGCAAAUCUUUCCAAUGCCCUGCCCAGGCAAGCACCCCUUGCCGACCCAAAGAACAUACCUGCGCACCUGGCUGAGCAGAGCACCAGGUUCCAAGCAGCACAGAAAGUUCAGGAGGAACCAAAUAGUGAGCCUGAGCCCCUCACUGCCAAGACCACAGAUGAGUACCCAACUGAGCAGGUCCCAGGGAAAGUGUCAGCACCCUUGAGCCUCGUGCAGCAGACUCCCAACUGGAUGCUAGAAACACAAGAGAAGGAUGAACAAACCCCUUCGAGACUGGACCCAGGGUGUGUUCCAGAUCCUAUGAUCCAGGAGACAACAGAGUUGGUACCAGAAAUGCCUGAAGACCAGAUGCCACAAACCCAAGCAGAGGAGGUGCAGAAGCCCUAGUCAGGCAGGACCUGGCAUGUGCUCAAAAACCCAUCAUGCAGGUUGAUACCAAGAACGCCAUCAGAGGAGGUGUUUAGGGCAUGUUCCUUGUUACAAGACAGUAAAACACAGUGCCCCAAAGAUGUGAUUAGCUCUGGUUGGGAAUAAUCAUGUUUAAGAGUUUUAGAGUAAUAUGUUCAUUUAUCUUUAAAAGGAGAAAGAAUGCUGACGCUUUGAUUUAUUUAAUUUUUUUGUUUAUAAUUUACAGUUUCUCUUUUUGUUAAAUUGCAAGUUGGUCUAGGUAGUCUGUUACACACACACUUGCUCACACGCACAAGCACACAGGCGCACAUGCACAGACAUGCACACACACAUUUUACUUUUAAUUAUAAUGUAAAUUUUACUUAAAAAAUAUAUCUCAGCAGGAUUAUUCAAGUAAAUUUUUCCAAGACCAGUCUACAUGCUUGUGUUUGCCUCUUAUUUGAGCCUUUUCUUUAUAGUUCUGCUCAUUCUCACUCUCAAGUAAAUGUAAUGAUGAGUUGUCAAGACCCUCUGCUCUUUAAAUUGUUAUAUAUUGGAAUAGCCAUAGAUGAGCAACUGAAAGUACUUCAAAGGCUAAUAUGUAAAGGAUGAAGGGAGAGAGCAGGCUGAUUCCAAGUACCAACAGACACUUGUAGAUGCUGUAUAACUCUAGCUACCAGUAAUGAUGAGUUGUUGAUAAACCAAAUAAUUCAAAAUUCUCAUUUUAUGAAUUAGAUGAAUGACAUUGUGGAUGUAUUUCAAUGGCUGUUGUUUCAAAGUCAGAUUGACCUAAUGAGCUUAUUUAAAGUACCCAUGGAAGCUUGUAGAUGUUUGCAUCAACAACAGGUGACUGCAACACUAUAGGGUUAUACAAUUUGUAGUUAUUCAAGGAUGAAAAAUGUUCAUAUUCUCAUCUAUUGAGUUAUCCAUUUUUCCAAAAGUGGAAUAACUUCAAAAGUUGACAUUUUAAACACAGAUGGAGAAAGCAGUCUGAUUCCAAUUACCAAAGGAAGCCUGUAGAUUGCUGUUUCAAUAACAGGUGGCAGCAUCACUCCAAGUGAAAGUAUCGACGAGGUAUUGAGGAACCAAAUGAUUCCAGAUUCUCAUCUUUUAAGUGAGCCAUAGAUUCAAAUCUGGAGUCAUUUUGAAAGCCUAUAUUUAGGCUGAGUACCACUGGAAGCUUUUAGAGUGCUUUAUCACAUACAGGUGAGUACACCACUCUAGGUAAAUGUGUUGAUGACUUAGUAAGGCACCUAAUGAUUCCAGAUUUAAAUCUAUUGAAUGCACUAAAUAUGCAAAUCUGAAAAUAAAUUAAAAGCUAGCUAUGUAAAGACAGAGGGUGAGAGUGGUCU